AUGCAGGCGUACGGCGGCGCGGCGGGACGCCGGGCUUUUGAUAGCAUCUGUCCCAACAGGAUGCUGGAAUUGCCGGGCCGGUCCCUCGGCAAAGCCGGGAAACUGGAGAGAAAGUUCGCCCCUCCGCGGAAGUUCUUCCCGGGUUGCAGCGGCAGCAGUCCGGUGUCGGUGUACCAGGAUCCCCCAGUCGCGGAACCCGCUGCGCUGCCUGCGCUUACCACCAUAGACCUGCAGGACCUCGCCGACUGCUCCUCGCUACUCGGGUCCGAUGCGCCGCCUAGUGAUCACUCGGCAGCCUCGCAGGACCAAUGCCUGCAAACCGCAGCGGACUUCGUUCUGCAGGAUUUCAGAGACACGGUGGACGAUCUCAUAGCAGACUCUUCGUCUUUGAUGUCGCCUCCCCUGGUCUGCGAAGACUUCCCCUUCUCUCCUGGUGAAGUAUUGUCCUUUGAGCACUGUCUCUCUCCAAGUCUGGAAUCAUCUGCUCUACAGUCACCGCCACCGCACCCUCCAGAUGUGCCGGCGCAGCCAGAGCAGUACUGGAAGGAGGUGGCCGACCAGAACCAGAGAGCUUUGGGGGACGCCCUCGUUGAGAAUAACCAACUGCACGUGACGCUGACUCAGAAACAGGAGGAGAUCGCCUCGCUCCGGGAGCGCAACGUACAGCUGAAAGAACUCGCCAGUCGGACCCGGCACUUGGCCUCGGUGUUGGACAAGCUGAUGAUCACGCAGUCCCGGGAUUGCGGAGCGGCGGCAGAGCCCUGCUUGCUUAAGGCGACGGCCAAAAGGAGCCUGGAGGAGUUGUUCAGCGCUGCGGGUCAGGACUGCGCAGAAGUGGAUGCCAUUCUGAGGGAGAUUUCUGAGCGUUGCGAUGAAGCCCUGCGGAGCCGUGAUUCUAAGCGGCUCCGGCUCCAGUCGGAGCCGGGAAGCGAGGACUGCAGGCCUGGGAAUCUGCACGGCGCUUUCCGCGGGUUGCGCACGGACUGCAGCCGGAGCGCGCUGAACCUGAGCCGCAGCGAGCUGGAGGAGGGCGGCUCCUUCAGCACCCCCAUCCGCAGCCACUGUACCAUCCGAACUCUCGCCUUCCCCCAGGGCAAUGCCUUCACCAUUCGGACAGCCAGCGGGGGUUACAAAUUCCGCUGGGUCCCCAGUUGACCUGGGACCUGAGUUUCCCAAGCACUGCCCUAUACCUUAACUGAAGUGCCUGGCGACUGGUGCCUGGCGACUAAGCAUCGGGUAGCUGAACUCUUUCCUGAGCCUGGCUUCUCAGAAGAACUCCACCAGUGCUUCGCCACCCUCCAACUACUGUACCUCCCCUCCGCCAAGAACAAAAGCAUCUUUAUACGGAUGCACUGUAAAAUUCUGGUACAAAAUAUUGUAUACUUCCUCCCCUUUCACAGGAAGAGUGUACACACACACCUCACAGUCAAUUUAAAAAUUAAUCUUAGCAGCUUUGAGUUAAAUAUUUAAAAAAUCUGGAUAUCACUUAGGUGUUCUGUAGCUACAUAAUGGCUUACUUUCAGAAAAAGGAAAAGGAGUCUUUAGGAGGCUAAUUUUCUAUAGGAGGUAUGACUGGAAACUCCCAAUCAUUCUCACUAAGGGCUGUAGGCCCAGAAGCUAAUUCACUUGGCAAAUGUUUCCAUAUAGCUCUUAACUUCCCCCAGUCAGGAAAGGAUAUUUAAAUUUGUUGUU